AUGGCCGACGCAAUCUCCAUCGAGGAGACCAACAGGUUACGGGUGUCUCUGGGCAUGAAGCCACUCCCCGUUCCCGGAGCCGGCCCCGUAUUCAAGGAAGCCGCAUCGCCUACCGAUGAGGACGUGGGCAGUACUCUCGAAAGUCGACAAGCAGAAGGCUACGAUAACUAUCGCAAAUUGCAGGAGGCAGAAGAGGCCAGGAGGAAGCGCGAUGCCAAAACCGAGGCCAUUAAAAAGGCAAGAGAUGCCUCAAAACGAUUUUCGAAACUGGAAGGCAAAGGUUUAGGAGACGACGAGGGGGAAUUAGAUGCGAAAAGCUGGCUGCUCAAGCAGAAGAAGCGGCAAAAGGAAAUCGAGAAGGCCCGGAAGAGAGAACAAGAGUUGGCGGACGCCGAAAAGGCCGCCGAAUAUACUGCAAAGGACCUAGCAGGCGUCAAAGUCGGACAUGAACUCGAUACUUUCGAAGAGGGCGAGGAUCAAGUCUUAACGCUGAAAGACACCACUAUCGACCAGAAUGAAGAAAGUGGCGAUGAGCUCGAGAAUAUAGACCUACGUGAGAGGGAAAGGCUCAACGAGAAGUUGGAGCUCAAGAAAAAGAAGCCUGUUUAUAAUCCUAACGACACCGAGGAUGGCGAACAGAGCAUCUUGGCACAUUACGAUGAAGAAAUCGACGGCAAGAAGGGCAAAAAGUUUACGCUUGAUGGCCAAGGCAGCACAACAGAAGCCGUUCUUGAGACUGGUGCCACGAAGAAAGUGAAGCCCAAAGCCUUCAGCCUAGACAUCUUCAAGGAUGAACCAAAGUCCGACUAUCUCGAUAUUUCCCAGAUUAAGAUCAAGAAGCCAAAGAAGAAAAAGGCCAAGUCUACACGUCAAAAGGCCGUGGACGAGGACGACGUCUUCCCAGCUGUCGAAGCCGCAGAUGUACCCGAAGAGAUUGGCAACGCUAUGGAUAUUGACCAGCCACUUGCUAAGAAGCGAACCUUUCAGGAUACGUCUUUCGUAGAUGACGAUGAUCUUCAAGCCUCUCUUGCUGCUCAACGGAGAAAUGCUCUUAAGAAACGCAAGAAGCUACGACCGGAAGAGCUCGUUCAACAAAUGCAAGAAGAGGCAUUAGCUACUGCAGAUGUAGAGGCAGAGGAUGGACCGGCUGGCUUAGUAAUUGAUGAGACGUCUGAGUUCGUUGCGAACCUCCAGAAACCAGUAGCUCCAGAGCCCAAGCAGAGAUCGACAUCUCGCACAAUCGAAGGAGUCACGGCCAUGGGAGCGGAUUCGGAUGAAGAGGGUGAUGUCAACAUGGACCGAUCCUAUGCAGAUAUUGAGGAUGAGGACGAUCUGGCUGCUCGACUCAACCGAGAGACUUCUACGUCUGAGGAUAUGACGGAGACAGGUUUGGAACGAGAGGCCACACUUGACAGAGGUUUGGGAUCAACCUUGAAACUCUUGAAAGAAAGAGGCAUUAUCAAGACCGAGGAGUCUGGAGACCUCAAUGCCAUCUUCAGGUCGAAGCAGUUGUUUUUGGCCGAAAAGCAACGGCAAGAAGCAGAAGCGGAGAAGAAGGCUCGCUUGCAGAGAGAACGGGAUCGUGCGACCGGGCGCCUGGACCGGAUGUCUGCUCGAGAAAAGGAAGAUUACGCCAGGUCUCAAAACAACUAUCGUGAUCAACAAGAAUCACGUCAACUUGCUGAGCAUUUUAACAAAGCAUACAAACCGAAUGUUGAGUUGAAGUACAUUGAUGAAUAUGGCCGGAGCAUGAACCAAAAGGAAGCAUUUAAGCACAUGUCCCAUCAAUUUCACGGCAAAGGAAGCGGCAAACAGAAGACUGAGAAGAUGCUCAAGAAGAUCGAGGACGAGAAGCGAAGGGAAGCACAGAGUUCAUUGGACGGCAGCAUGGGUGGAAUGAGUGGAGCGACGGCCCAACAACUCAAGAAACAGAGACAGGCAGGCGUCAGAUUGGCAUGA